ACUGGAACAUGUGUGGAACAUCAGCAGGAUGUCGAUGGCGGAGGCGGCUCCAGAUCUGUUCUCGGAGCAGGAGCUGACCUGCUCCAUUUGUCUGGACCUGUUCAUUGAGCCAGUCACUACCCCCUGUGGACACAACUUCUGCCAGGCGUGUAUUGGAGGUUACUGGGCGUCUAGUCCGGUGUGCACGUGUCCGCUGUGCAAACAUCAGUUCAAUGAACGACCUCAGCUCAGCGUCAACAAAGUCUUUGCUCUCAUCGCAGAUAAUUACAAAGAGGCUCAUUACGGAGCCGCAGGGUUACCGCAGGUAGGGAGCGAGACACGGGUGACGACUGGUGGCACGAACCCUUUUUUGACAGUCGCAGCGGCGGUGUCCGGUGAGGAGGUGGUGUGGUGUGACGUGUGUACAGGUGUGAAACAACCUGCCGUCAGCUCCUGUCUCACCUGCACGGCCUCAUACUGCACUGAGCAUGUGCGGCCACAUCAGACCGCUCCCUUCUACUCCAAACACCCACUCAUGGACCCUCUGGAUGCUCUCAAGGGCCGCACUUGCUCUAUACACCGCCGCCUGCUGGAGGUGUUCUGUCGGACAUGUCAGUGUUGUAUCUGUGCCAUUUGUGUCCUGGAGGAGCAUCGAACACACAAAACUGUCUCUGUCCAGACAGAGAGACUCAGCAAACAGAAACAGGUGGCGAGGACGGAGCAGGAAAUCCUGAACCGUAUCAAAGAGCGAGAGAUCCACGUGAUGGAGCUGAAGAGGAAACUGGAGGGAGUGAAGAACUACGCAGACGGAGAACGAGGUGAAGUUGAACACCUGCUGGAUGAAGUGUCCAGUUCCCUCGACCGGAUCCGGACGCGGGUGGUGGGCGGGAUCCAGACCCAACUGGAUGCUGUCAUGUCAAAGGGGGAGGGGCUGGUGAGCCGUCUGGAGGCAGAGCUCAGCCAGUUGAUGGACAGGAGGGCCACACUGGAGGGUCAGGCCAUCAGUCAGGAUCACAUCGGCUUCCUGCAGAGUUUUGAGGAGGCCACAGUGCCUCUGAAUGACCAUCAGCAGAUUGACGUGGACGAGGAAUCUGAAUUUUCCCUCCAUUUCCAUCUGGCGGAGGUGAAGAGCUCUCUGACAGAGGUGAAGGAUAAGAUGGACGACAUCCAGAUGGGGGAGGUCCAGUCCCGAGGCUCCAGAGGCUCCUUUUCGUCCACAGAUCUGAAGGCGGCGGAGAGUAUGCUCAGUCUGAGAGGAAGCAGUGCCAGUUUGAGGAUGAGUCAGUGGAGUCUGAGAGAUCAGAAGAAGAUCAAAGCCGUCUCAGGACAUAAAAAGGCUCGAGUUUACAUGGAGGACGUGACGUUGAACCCUGUGACGGCGUAUCCGUUCCUCAUCCUGUCUGAGGACAGGAAGCAGGUGAAGCGAGGAGAAAAGCUGCAGUUCUACAGAAACAGUCCUCACAGGUUUGAUGUCUGGUCCUGCGUCAACGCCAAGGAAGGAUUCAGCUCUGGACGCCAUUACUGGGAG